UAUUAUUCUGUUCGGCCAAGGGCCAACGGUAAGUACUAACGAAGACUCAAUAUCUAUUCUCUCCGACUGUCACUAAAUUGGAAGAAAUGGAUGCCUCUGAAUCUCCUCUGUCCACCUCUCCCUCCCAGCCCCCAUCUCUCAGCCCACAACGCCAUUUCUACCUUGCUGUGGACAGACUCCAAUUCAAGAUGGAAACGCUUUUGGGGCUUCUAGGCAUGGCCGGUAGGCGUCCUUGUCUUCCGAUGAUUGUAUGCUGCAGCACUCGAGACGAGCUCGACGCAGUCUGCUCCAAUCUCUCUAGCCUAUCGUCUUAUGUUUCCGUAUCCCCGCUAUACAGCGACCUUUCGGAAGUUGAUAGAGCGGAGGUUUUGGAUAAGUUUAGGCAGGCCACUAUGACAUGGAAUAGGUUAGGAAGAGGGGAGGAAGCUGAGAGAGAGGCAGACCAGGAGCAAAAAUCGCAUAUUGUCGUUGUUACUGAUGCCUGUCUUCCGCUUCCUGGGACUGUUGAGGUGCCUCUUUGUGCUUGCAUGUUGAUAAACUAUGGGCUUCCAACGAAGAAGAGAAACAAUGUGAAAUCAAAUGCGGUUGCUGGACCAGUAUUCUUUGAAGCCUAUUCUUCAAUGAGACCUAUAUGAGGCGCAUGACAGCUUGUUUGUCAGCAGGUUGGUUUUAAAUAAAGGAGUCAUAACUUGGCUUGCAAUAAUGCUGGGCUGAUUGGGGGUGACUAUAUGUUCUCAUGUCCUUAUUUUUCACUUCUGAGUCAUGAAAAAUGCUGGGAAUAUCAGUUGCAUGUCUCAUCCAACAAACAUUUCCCCUUCCUUUCCCAUUGCAUCAUUUUUUUGCAGUUUCAUUUUAUAUUGAAAUGAUAUUGGCAUUGUUUUUUAUCCUGAGCAUAAAGAUGGAAUAGUUAUUAGCAUGGUUGUUGGAGGAGAAGUGGUGGUUCUUAAAAACCUUGAAGAGAACAGUGGCCUUGUCAUAGCUGAAAUGCCUAUAAAUGUAAGUUUCAUUUCAUGUAAGUUCUGGCGAUAUUUUCUUUGAUUAGUGUCAAAAUAUGACUCGUCAUUCUUUGCAUGAGUGGCCCUCAAAUUCAGUUUUAAAAUGAUUAAUUAUCACGAUCCAUAUAUUACUGUCUGCAAUAUCUGAUAAAUGACAAAGUGUUUGAUAUAAGCAGAUCUUUGAGAUGAUUUGAGAUAUCAGCCUUCUUGGAGUUUCCGAAAAAAUGUAAGGUUUAACACACAUGCCUUCUCAAGAGGUCAUUUUUCUUGUAGUUUAAAAUGCUUUUUGGCAUGUAAUGUCAGGUUUGGUGGUAUUCUCUUGUGUGCACCAGUUAUGAGAAAUGGGAUGCUUGCAUCUCCAGGUUUUAAAUAUACUUGGUUGGAGUUUGUUGUGGAUUAUUUGCAUCAUAGUUUUCCAGUUCUUUCCUAAUCAACCUUCAAGAAGUAGAAACUGUUGCUGGAAAGACUGCUUGUUUGGAACAUUUUCUUUCUGGGAUAUGUGGUAGAACUUAAUGAACUACUACGCCCAACUUAGCUAACAUAGGGCUAGAGGUGCAGCAGCGCAAAAUUUGUCAAAUAAUUCAACAAGUUUUCAAUUGCUCCAAAUGUACAACUGACAAGGGUUCUCACCUCUCUGUCGUAUCUGCUUUCUGCUGUUAAACAGCACAAGAAAUAAGAAAAAGCUUUCCCAGGAGGAA